CUUCACACCGAGCGCCUGUCUUCACGAAAACGAAGGAACUUUUAGCUUAUGCGAAGAGAGCAAAACGGCGCUGCCAAAGUUGUCAGGAAAUUUAAGCACUGUCGUCGGCACUCGGACGGGUGACUGCAGCCGGCGGUUGAGGUGCUACAGCUGACUGCCGCCGUCAGCGUGGUUUGGUGCAGUGCGGGCUGAACGGCGCGCGUCUGUUGGUGCUGUGGAGGAUGCCACCUUGAACUCCCCUAGUCGGACGGACCUGGCACAUGGGUACCAAAGAUUUGCAUUGAAGGGUCGAACCUCAAUCAGAAGAUAUACAUCAACAACGUCUCCGUUUGCGAUAGCAACAGCAAACCAGCUUCGUUUGGAGAACGAGAAGGAGGAACACACCGGUCGACGCGGCAGGAUCGAGUGCGUGCGUAUGCAUCUCCAGCAGGGCCAUUGUCAACCUGUCCCCGACCCCUGCAAUAUGUCAUCUGGACGGUCGUCGCUUUGACCCCCUCUUGUCGAAGCUUCCUCGAGAUAUUCGAAAACGCCAAUCAUGAACCGGCGGCGGCAUUGAUGACAUAUCAUUCCAUCAUCAAGCCACUGCGGAACUCCAAGAUCCCUCUUGGCUCACCGAGAGUCAGCAGAUGCUCUGUGCCUCUGAGCUUGUUCAAAGCCUGAUAGCUGGACGCGAGAACACCUCCUCCAGCUGUCGCAUGCACGCUGAUACGCCCCGGCACCAAUUAAUAUAACAGCUCCUGCGAAGAGCUUGUAUUGGUUCCAUUUACAGGCUGGAAGGCUGCUGUUGAUGUUGCACCAACCCCCUCCAAGCCAUCGCCGAGAGGUGGUGUGCAAGGAACAGACAUGGCUGCUGCCAUGUCCAACAGGACGACUGCACAACCACAACACAACCGCAAAAGGAGCAGAAGGCGAGACGAAACACUGGACCUCCGCUCCUCAACAGUGCCGCUCCUGCAUUAGCGGACUGCCUCUGCCUGUUCCUGAAAAUCUGCCAUGUGUUUUAUGGAGGCCGGUGCCAUGAUGCAGACGCUUUGACAGACAGUCUGAGCGAGAAGGAGCAAAAGGAAGGAUUCUGUGAUGAUUCUCGAAGGCUGGGCAUAAAACUUUGACUCGUGCUAACUUUCCAACCCAAGCAAAGAAGCGACGAUCUUGCCAACGACUUUUCGAUCGAGCCACCCACAUGGUUGACGUGGAACUCGAUGCCUCCUCUUCACUGGCGCUGUUCACCAAGUUCAGAUGACAUGAUGAUGCCCGGUUAAGGUGAGGGGGUGCUGUAGGAUUGCUACACUACAUACAUAGUGUAUGUUCCGGUCCUGGGCUGGAGGCAUGUCGAAGGGCCUGGCAGCCCUGGCCUCUGUCUGGCUACAGCGAAUGAAGAGGGGCGUCGUCUGGGGAAUACCACCAUAAACUGCACUAACAGCUCGGCCGAUCACGCUACCUACUUUGGCGUUGUGCGAGAGCGAAGAUGCUGCUGAUGCGAAGAGUUACAGGCUGAGAGCUCCAACGUGUCCGGAGCCCCGAUUCCGUGAUGCCGGCGACGAAGCCUUCCGUAAUUGCCAGUGUUCACCUGCCAUCUCAGUAACCCCAUGUGUCGAAACUGCAGCCUUCGAGUUCGGCAUUGUUACAUACAGACGAAAACGAUCAUCAGGGUGACGAGGGCAAGACUCUGGUGAACCUGUUCCUGUCUAAAAAGAUGCGGGAAGCCAGUUGCGGGGGCCCGAACAAGUCUAGCACCCACUCCGUGUUUAUGCCAACCUGCAACGCACAGACGACAGCAGAGCUCAGAACGGAACUGUCGGGCAUCCUGCAGUUUUUAAUGCUGGGACAGGCCGUUGUUCGAGAAGCAGCUCACAGCAAAGCACAGCACAAACAGACCUCUCCUCUUGCGGCUGACCGCCUCCUCGGAAUUUUGUCGAGGCUUAUAUAUCAAUGCCAUGAUGAAUCGACGAUGAAAGAAAAGGAAAGCAAGUAAUAAUCAAAGGGGUUUGGGUCACAUUCUGUUCCCAGCACCGGCAGCAGACCGGCAAGAGAGUAGGGAGAAAAGCGAAUGUAAUCCACAGGAUGAUGCUUGGGAGCUGUGCCGUUGCAAGAUUUUGACGGGGUUUGAUGAAAGAGACAGGCGAGGUAGAAGAAACUUUUGAAGCUGUACCUCCCCCCAUGUCGAAUGCUUGCUUCAACCACAAGCCAAGGGUUCUGACCAGCAGACGCAGACCACUUUCGGCACAUUUAUCCAGAUGUCAUUGGACUCUUGGCGGUACCCGGUACUUCGCACCUCUGCUACCACGGUGGCCGCAGAUAUGCCAAGGUUGCAUUCAGAGCUCCGUGCCCUGGACUCAUUCACAGCAUCACUUCAAGAAAGAGGAAAAGUAAAAAUAUAAUUUACUUCCUUGCCAGCCACUAGCGGCUGCACAUUCAAUGCAUCCACGGGAGGGCAAGCCAGCUCACCUGAACCCGGGACUGUGGUGAGUUGGGAGGGGGUAAACAGGAACCGACAUGAAAAAAUAAAAAUAUGGAAAAAAGCUCAUCUCAGAGGGGAACGAGAUUCAGGACCGCAAACGGCGCCAAGAUGGCACUCCAUCCAUCGUCAAUCAACCACCACUGCGGCGUUGGCAUCUUGACCCAUCCGCCCAUCAGACACCCCGGUCUAUGUUACGGAUCGUGGAUACACACACACUGUUGCACCUCCCACCUCCCAACUCCCACCCUCCUCCUAGGUAGGGCAAGGUUGGUAUUUAGAGGUGGUUUUGGCAAGGUAGCCAAGGUUAAAGCUGUGACUCUGGCCUUGCGUUCGAUUCACAGGCAGAGGUCAAUUAUGACAAAUCGGCAGGGCAGUCUUGUUCGUUCGCGACGGGAGGUUAAAAUGGCUGUCUGGGACCGGGCCAUGUCGCUUCCUUAGUGUGCAGCUCUAUCUCGCUGCUCGGGCUCCCGUUCCCGUGCGCCGAACUACUCGAUCCUGGAUGCUUGCCUGACUGGCGAGCGGUUGAUGGCAGAUGAAGAAAUGGCAGGUUCGAUUUACGUUGGGGUGGUGAGACCCAUGAGACCCUGCUAACGGACAGGCCAGGGUGACAGCCAAGCAGGACAGGGCAGCGACAGGGCACGCCUGGGAGUUCUUCGAACGGCCGCGAUCAAGCCGGGAACGAACUGCUGGGGUACCCCCCUGAAGCAAUGUUCCCAGACGGGCAUCCCAGGUCAUCCACGCUGUCAGUGAUGGGCAAUACCACUGAUGCCCGGCUAUACAUCCACCACCACCUCACUUUGCCUGCUUCAAGGGCCUUGUUCGUCUUGCUCUUCUCUAAGUGGGUGGCACUUCGGCCCUGUAUCUUCUUGUCAUGCCUCCGCUACGACUUAGCAUGCCGAGAUAGGUAGCUAUAUGUAUUUCAUCUGCCUCCCGGUCCCUUCCCCCGUCCCAUCUUCCCAUCUUGUCCCAUCGCAUCAUUCUCCAUCGUGUGACCGGUUCCAGAAAAUCAUUCCCCAUCUCGACCGGACCGUCCCCUGCCCACUGGACUCACCUUAUAUGCCAGCCCACAUCAGACACACGGCAUUGUCACCUUGGCUUCGCCUGUCCCGUUCUCCGGAUUUUCACUCUGCCAUCUGUUCAAAAGUGUCCGCUGUUCACUUGCAUCGCUGGACCAUCCACGACUCGGCUAGGUUGAACACUCAAAGUUUAUUCACCCCCGCCCCCCCUCCCACCCUCCCCAAGAACCUCGACCUGGUCUCGGGGCAUAUACGCCAGUCAAAAGAUUGUCAAGAGAUUGUUUGUCUUGAUUUGGCUUGCAUGUGGGACAUUUCCUAGAGGUGAUAAAGACUACGGGCCCCAGAAUCCGAAAACAGGACAACUCUGGAGAGGCGGAUAUCGGGGAAUUAGGCCAGGAGGGACUUCCCAGCCUGAGACCACCAAGACGGGACGGAAGGGGUGCAGGCGAGAAGAAACGAGGGAAGGAACCCGGAAGGGCCUGGCCAGCUACGACACUGAGCGAUACACUGAACGACACACAUACACACUGAACGAGACUCCGUCUGGUUGCAUCCACUCACCCAUUCUCACCCAAUCCGCAUUCCUCCACUCACACCUACCACCUACCUUACCUUCUCAACCGUUCAAGUACCCCCCCAUCUGCACCUUCUGCAGCUCACCUGCAUACACCUGAAGCAUCCCAGCAUUCAGGUUGGCUUCACGUCUCGUAUGUGUCUUUUAUACCAUACCUAUACCUAUACCUCCUCCCCUCCCCUCGCCCCCCCUCUCCUCCUUCCUUUUCUCCUGCCAACCCCCGCCUUCCAGUUUGUAGACAGUACCGCUGCUUUCUGAUUCAGUCUGGGCUGCGUCGGAGGCUCAAAACCGUUAUCACAGAGCUGUGGCUUCGUUUCUGUGGUUCUUCUGUUCUUUUUCCUGCCCCGACUUACACAGUGUAGCAGCAGUUUCUCAGACACCGCGUCGUCGACAAUAUCAGCCACUACCAACUCUAAAAAAAAAAAAACCCCUCGUGACCAAUCCCUCCACAUCACAAGCUCAAACAAUUGCGAUAGCUUGCCCUACUCCACCGAAACGUAGCGCUCCUUACACUUUUCUCGCGCACACACGGGUUGACUGUGGUUCCGUCCAAACUCAACCACCAAGUUUCGACCAGAAACAACCCAUCCUUGGGACGACGUUGUUACCACUCCCAAUUAGUUUCCCGCCCCGUCUCUGCAUCGCACUGGAGCGUAGCCAGGCCGGCCACCGACAAGAUGAUGGCAGGACUCGCAGCCCAGGAUUAUCAGCUGGAAAUAAGACAACAGCCCAAGGCAGGCUGCGUGGCCCUCACGAAAGGAAAAGAUCGCCGGCCACUGGAUCCUCCUCCAAUCGUCCAGCUCAAGGUCUCGCCGAGGUUGGAUCCCACCCAGAGGUUUCUCCAGAAUCCUUACCUUAUCCUCAUCGCCAAACUGGUUCCCAAGGAUGGCGAAAAUGAUGAGCAACAACGGCGAACCGAAACCAAAGGUGGCGACUUGGCCGGGACAGUGGUCUCCUCUCUCUACAACCUCAAGGAUACCGAUAAUACCCAGGGUGGAUUUUUUGUGUUUGGGGAUUUGUCAGUGAAAAGAGAGGGCUCUUUUCGACUCGAGUUCACCCUCUUCGAACUCAGAUCGCAGACCAAAGACUGCUGGCAACUCUCCAGCUGCAUUUCGGACACUUUCCAGGUUUAUGCCAACAAGGCCUUCCCUGGAUUGCAGGAAUCGACAUUUCUGACCAGGACUUUCAGCGACCAGGGUGUCCGGCUACGGUUACGAAAGGACUCAAGAACGGUUGUUCAGAGCAGAAAGCGCGGUGCCAGCGGUGCGCCCCAGGUUGACAUGAAGCCGCAGUCGAUUGGUUAUAUGCAUGGCGGAAACCACGACUUGAGUCCCAAUGGCCAGCAGCACCACGGCAGAAGGACUAGCGCUCUGGAGUUCGACAAUGGAAGCUACGACUUUGGAUAUGACCCCCGAGGCGGCAAGCGCAUGCGACACAACAGCUCGGCCGGCAAUCACCCCGGCUACGACAGCGGCUAUUACACCCAUCAUAACCCAAACCCUAGGACGAUACCAGAGCCCAUGGUGUCGGCUGCCUUUUCCAACGGCAUCCCCAUGACUACCAGCUACCCAGUGCAUACACAGCCUGCCAUCUCUGGAAUCUCUAUGCGCCCUAGUAUGGCAGCUUUCCCGCCUCUGCAUCCGCUUGACACGCAGAUCUCGCCACACUCUGCCGGCCCGAAUUCGGCAUCGUCAACCUUCUCUCCAGGCACGAGCUUCUCUCCAGGCACGAGAAGGUCUCCCCUCUCAGCAUACCAAUACCCGAACACACAUCACAACAUCUAUGGCUCGCCCACUCAUAUGAAUUACCAGACAACUUCAGCACAGCAGCCAAUGGCUCAGCAUGGUGACAUGGGGUUGUCACUUCCACUCCCAGGUAUUGACCUUGGCGACAUUGAGAAAUAAGGGCUCACCCGCCUGGCUUUUCCUUUUGCUCCUGCGGAGCUGAGCAGCGAGUAUAUCGCCUACUAAUCCCCCUUUCGCUGCGUCUGUAUUCCCUGACUCUUUGCAUUGGAUGGAAAAGAAAAUUGAGUGCACGGUUCUACUACAUAUAAGAUUGGAAGUGGGAAAAGUGCAAGUGUAGCUUUUGAGCUGGGACUUUCUCUUUCUUUUUUUAAUUUUAUUUUACUGAAUGGCUGUCUGGAAUUCUCGGUGUUAUAAAGGCAAACGAUAUCCUCUCUGUCGGUUUCUUUUGUCGGUUGUUGGGUCUUGGGUUCGGUCAAGCAAAUGGGCAUUGGAGAGAGCAAAGGAAAGAAAGCACGAUUCCCCGGGGUACGGUGUAAAUUUCUUGCAGGGUUCAUAUUUCAUCUUCUCUUGUUACACUUUUACUCAACACCACUACCAACAUCGCACACCUUCACUUUGUUCAUGGCAUUCUUCGACUUCUUCCGCCACGGAACCAUCGCUUCUGCCUCUUUCUCACACUCUUUCUCCGCCCACCGCUUUUACGAAGUCAUGAGAGAUCACUUGUUUCCCGAGAACGGAGGGAGAAAGGUCAUGUUAGCGAAGCAAACGAGUAAGCUGCGAGUUUGGGUUGGUCGUUGGCUUUUGAGUGAUACCCCUCCGCGAAUUUGGUUAUGGUUAUUUCUGGUGGCAAGGGAAAGCGAAAAGGGAAAGGGAAAAAGGAUUAUGCUUACAAGAGAGGGAGAGCUAUCAAGGGGAUGUAAUUAGUGAGUAGCGGGAAGGAAGAUGAUGAUGCUUCCGAAGCUGAGGUUUCUUGUUUUGAGGAAGCUGUCCUGUGCAUGUUGGGUUAUACCUAGUCAGCGUUGGUAGGUAUUAAAGAAUAGUACCUGGUGGAAUCACCGUAAGAAAUAUGGUACCGCAUGCAUGGGGCUAAUAUAUGAUGAAAUCGCAGCUUGGUGUCCUGGUGAUGUGACGUCUUUAAAGGCGGAAUAUGUGCUUAAUGCAGAUGUGUUUGGCACAGGAUGACCCCCCCAAAAACCGUGUUAUGUGAUUGGCUGGAUUUAAUUUGGCUAGCUCUGAUUGGACGGCUAGGAUGCGGCUUUUCUCUUCUAUCAACGGCGAUUAGAUAGAUAUGUAGAUGAGGGUCCAACUCAUCGACCGAGACCGAU